UCUAUUCGUUUUGUUGUCAUCUGCCACAUUCAUACUAAGUUGUUUUUCAUCCGAUUUUCAUUGGAAUUUUUAGUUUUAACCUAUAAAGUAUAAUUUUCUUUUAACAAAAACAUAAUGCAAUCAGUGAUGAGAUUUAAUAUAAACGAGUUUUAACAAUAAGAAAACGAAAUCAGUGUCCUUCAUAAGUUACAAAUUGAGGUUAACUUAUUAGAUAUUACUAAGUAAUGUGACAAUACUGAUUUAGUAAAUGGUGAUUAUUAGUGCCAUGGAAAGAAGAAUAAAAUUAAAAACUUUGAACAGUCAUAUUACUUGCAAAAUAUGUCGUGGUUAUUUAAUAGAUGCUACUACAGUUACCGAAUGUUUACACACAUUUUGCAAGAGUUGUUUGGUCAAACACUUGGAAGAAAAACAUACAUGUCCAACAUGUCAAAUAGUUAUUCAUCAGUCACAUCCAUUACAAUACAUAAGUUUUGACAGAACUAUGCAAGAUAUUGUUUACAAAUUAGUUCCAGAUCUCCAAGAAAAUGAAAUCAAAAGAGAAAGAGAAUUUUAUAGAGCAAGAGGUUUACCUUGUCCAAAGGAUAUUUUACCAAAUGCUGCUGAAGUAGAAGAAGAAAAAGCAACUGCAGAUGCCCAUGCAGAAUCUGAUUAUCACAGAGCUGACGAACAGGUAAACGUAUGUCUGGAAUGUAUAAAUGCAAGUCUGAAGACACUAAAACGAAGAUUCAUCAGAUGUUCUGCACAGGCUACAAUUACACAUCUUAAAAAAUUCAUUGCCAAAAAGGUUCUUAGUGGUAUGGAGAAAUACAGAGACAUUGAUAUUUUGUGCAAUGAUGAGUUAUUAGGUAAGGAUCAUACUUUAAAGUUUGUAUAUGUGACAAGAUGGAGGUUCCGGGACCCACCCUUAAGAUUACAAUAUCGACCACGAAUAGAUAUUUAAAAGUAUGUUUUUUAUAUAGAAAAGUUACGAAAAAUUCGUUAUGAAUCAAGUAUAUAUAUAUAUAAAUAUAUAUAUAUAUUGUUUUAUCAAUUCGUUGAUGCAUCAUUCAUUGCAAUAUUUAUGGAUUGUGUUCUUUGCAGACAAUCUUAUUUAUAGUUAAACUCUGUUGAUGCUCAACGAUAAUGGUACAAUUCUUUAUCGCUUUAAGAUCUCUAUUCAAUGAAUACCAAUUGCAUUUGUCAAUAGUAUACCUUAUAUUGAAUUUUUCUAUUAGAUGUAUUUCGAAUUAGUUUUUACGUUUAUAAUUUCAACAUUAUUGAAAAUACCAAUGUUUCGAGGAAGCGUAUUUAUAUUACAAAUUAUAUAACCCUACAUUAUUGUUAAAUGUAACGCAAUAACAAUU